AUGUGUGACGAGGCAGCGCUAACGGAGAUUUCGCGGUGUGACGGCGGCGGUGACGGUGACGGAGGCGAAGGCGGAGGCGAAGGCGGCGGCGGUGGGGUCAGCUACGCUCCGACGACGUUCUCCGCCGCUCUCACGCUCCUCUCGAUCACGCCCGUUGUCUUGACCGAUUUCCGACGUUCCUCUCUCGUUCUCGAAAGAGAAAGAGAGAGAGAAAGAGAGAGAGAGAGAGAGAGAGAGAGAGAGAGAGAGAGAGAGGAGUGUGAGGAGAAAGAGAAGGAGAAGGAGGAGGAGGAGAAGGAGGAGGAAGAGGAAGAAGAGAGAGAGAGAGAGAAGGAGAGAGAGAGGGAGAAAAGAGAG